GAACCUUUCCUUCACUGCCAUAGCAAUGAUGUCCCCUCCACUCCCGCAGGAGCUCCGUCUUUCCAUUGAACCUUUCCUUCACUGCCAUAGCAAUGAUGUCCCCUCCUCUCCCGUAGGAGCUCAGUUUCUCCGUCUAACCUUUCCUUCACUGCCGUAGCAAUGACAUCCCCUCUGCUCUCGCAGGAGCUUGCCCCCAUGCAUGACCGUCCCCAUCCAGUAUCGAACUCCCGUCCGAUGUUGCAAGAGUCCUCCCAGUCCAGCGACCAACAACCUCCCUGAGAACACCGCACCAUCAGCCUUGUGCUUCACCUUUUUUUUUUGUGUGUGUGUGUGUUAUUAAUGUUGUGUAUUUGUCUGUCUUGUACGUGGUGCUAUCAUGCUGCAGAACAAAUUGCCCCUAAGGGGGACAAUAAAGUUUUACAAUACAAUACAAUUUCUUGGAGGGUUGUCAGUAACGUUUUCUGGCUGCUAUCCCUCAUUUGUUUUGCCCUUUUUGUGGGAGUACUCAGGUUUCAGGCUGAAUUCUGAGCCUCCCCUCGGACAGCAUGCCAAAUACGCAUACUCUUUUACUCUAUCCAAUUAUUUGUAAGUGUGAAUUUAUGAAUAAUAAUAAAAUAUCACUUCUCUCAUCACUAGAAGAUGUGUUAAAUAUGAACUUGUUUAAAUAAUAAACAUUAGAUCUAUUAAAAUCUUAGAUCUAUUAAUGCCAUUAUGUCUAAAGGUCGAAUAAACAUGUUUUCAUAUCAUGCAUUAAACAAUUCACUUAUUCGCUUGAUCUCCAUUUCCAUAGAGAUUAAUCUGUUUGGCUUCCCUGGCAACAAGGGUGCACCUAAACGUGGUUGUUCACUCAAGCCAAAAUAACACCGCUUACAACAAAACAAAUCUGUAUUCCACAUCCUGACUUCAAAAUAAGUAAACUGUGAAGGAUGGAUAACUGUGAUUUAGAUAAUUUUGCAAUGUCUGAGGGAAAACUAAACCCUUCCUUCAGAUCAGAUAUUACCCAGUACACAGCAACAGUUGAGAGCAGUGUCGAAACCACAACUCUACAUCUACAGACAAGUGACUGCGGUGCCUCUUGUAAUAUCUUGUUUGGUGAUGGAUCCAAAACCAUUAAACUAGAGGAUGGAUUAAAUAAAGUAGAGAUUGAGGUUGUUUCUGAAGAUGGCACAACAAAGAUGUAUAGUAUUGCGGUGACCAAACUCUCGGCCAGCGCAGCACAGCUGAGUGAUCUGACCGUACAUGGAGGACAUUCACUUCAGCCUGAUUUCUCUCCAACGACCUACAACUACUCAUGUCUUGUACAUUUUGACUGUUGUGAGGUGAGAAUGAAUCCUCAGACACCAGACAAGAGCAUGCAGACUGCUGUCAAUGACACUUCUUGCUCUGAAUCCAUCAUGUUAAAUGCAGGAGAAACAGAAGUUAUUAUAAAGGUGACAUCAGCAGAUGGCGCCAACUCUCAAGUGUAUACUGUAAACAUUACUAGAGAGCAAAUUCCUCUAGCCGUGACUUUCUGUGACGUGAGAGAGCAGAUUGAGUUUGAGUGUCCUGUAUCUUUAAGUGCCCUCUACAAACCUGUGUCAAUACAUCAGAGUGAACCAAAGACAGUAUUUUCAGCCCCAUAUAUUGACGUGCUGACACGGAGGUCAAAAGUUGAUCCAUUUACUGAGCGUCCGUUGGGAGAGGGGUGGAAAGUUCGGGAGUCAGAGCUUGAGCAGAGAAUGUCAAACGCUCCCGUCAAAUGUUUCUUCUCACAUCGUGGAUGCAGAAAGCAGAUGAGAUAUGCAGAGAUCGGAGCACAUGCAAAAGAGUGUCGUCACAAACCGUCAUCAGAUCUAGAUCCUCUGGAAGUUACACAAACAAACUGGUACAGAAAAUAUUUUGCAUCCUCAAACAAGCUGGACAUAACGACCAAUCAUCACACACUUGAGAUUAGAAACUGGGAGAAAAGACUGCAGACAGCAUUUGGAGAACGUGAUUUAGAUAAUCUGAUUGCUCAUGCAGAGGAACACUUAAAACUCUACAAGAAAUGGCUUCCUAAUCCAGGUGACGUGAUGCGCUGUGAUCCAGGACAGUCUCCACUGGAUCAUCUGGAGCAGGCUGCCGUCCACUACGCUACUGCUCUUAAGAUUAAACCCCACAAUGCUAAACUGCAUUUUCUUCUUGGGCAGACACUAGAGGAGCACUACUUCACAACAGAGAUGUACGGCCUGAGAAAGAAGGCUGAGGAAGAUGACCAGGAUCUUGUCCAGGCCAAGUCUGCCGGGAGGCAGGAAGAGAUCUUGGCCAUCUGCAGGCUUCAUGGCUUUCCAGGAACACCGACAAUGGAGAACCAGCUAAAAGCACUUGACAUGGAGUUACAAGAUCUCAAACAGCAGGGCCAGUCAGCAAAGGCAGAUUACAUCCAGACACUUUUCCUCUGGCUAUCAAAAAAAGUUGGAAAGGACGGCAGCAGUGUUGUGUCUGAUGAGAAGUGUUGGCUCUCUCGAGCCCUGCUGAAGUAUCUGGACGCCUGGUCACUGAAUGCAGACAGCUGGGAAUAUAACCUACACGUGGGGCGUUUGCUGCUACUACAGGGGAGAAGCAAGGAGGCAUUGCAACACCUUCAGACUGCACUGGGUCUUCAAUCCUGUCAUCCAACAAUUAGGUUUUAUACUGGCUUGGCUCAGCUGCAGCAGAAAGAGGAAACCAUGUCCAUUGAGCAGGUUGUGUUGUUCCUACAACAAGGCCUAGAAUACGUCAUGGGUCAAUUCUUUGUCCCACAUGAUCACAAAGAACAAGAGCAGUGGGACACUGGAUGUCAUUUGUCUGUAGUGAACGCUCAGUUUCUACGCGGUUGUCUCAGUUUGGCGGCUUUGCUUUCCAAGUACUCUUCCUCUGACCAGGCCAUGAGUCCAGAGCAAGUCUAUCACAUCAUCUCUGGGCUUGCGGCACAGGGCAUCAGCAGGUGUGUGAAUGCAGGUGAGGUGGUGCAGCAGCUGGAGUGGGUGUUGCUGGACGCUCAUUUUGCUCUCCUACAAGCCCUCAUUCAGCAGGACAGAGAAGGCAAACAGCCCUGGAUAGUGAAGAGAUGCCAGGCUCUCACUGCUUUGAUACGGCUCUCAUCUAUCGCCCCCUGUAGGGAGCUUCUGGACAUGCAGGAGAAGGUCUGUCAGAUGGGAGUAGUGCAGCGCCCCGCUGUAGUCGCGCUCUGUGUCUGCUGGGUUCGGCACAACUGGCUCAGAGUGAUGCAGCUACUGAAAGAGGUCAGGCAGCACUUGCAAAUGCCUGCCUCAGUUUCCAGGCCAGCAUUGAGUUAGAAGGUUCCCAUCAGACCGGAGAACCACCUGAGCAGCUUAACAAGCAGACAUGGUGGAAGGAUCAUGUGGCUGCGGAAAGAGACAAAACAGUCAAGCAUGAAGCUACUGAGGCCAAACCAACAAUCGAGUCAUCUGAGGCUACGGUAGAUGGGAAGAAGACCGGCAGAGUAGCUCCAGCCCG